AUGGUGGUAGGCGUUGGAAUUGAUUCUAAAGUUGGACUCACGCCGCAGGACAAUGCCAAACUGACCGUGCUCAAUAAUUUGUCCGCGAGUUGGUUUUUGAAUCUUAACAAUAAGUUAGCAGAAGUUGGAAAUUUCGGUCUUUUAUCCGGUAAUUUUCGUAAUUAUCAUCAAAAUUUAACUGGAAAACUCGGCGAACAAUUGACUGAUAAACCUGGAGAAGUUGUAGUUCCUAAAAUUCUACCGGAUUCCGCCGACGGUAAUCGAAUCCAUUUAGAAUAUCAAAAAAAUGUAUCUCCAGACUCGCCGGGAGAAGGUAAAUCAAGUCCUUCCAGUCGUGAAUCUCCAGCUGUGACGUUUGAUUCAUCACCGAUCGAAGGUUCGGCGGAUGAAAAAUCCGAUAGAGGUGAUAGAAAAUUGUCACCGUCGUCGACCAUUUGGCCCGCUUGGUGGACGGCAAGAAAUCCUUCUCCAUCGAAUUUACUGUCGAAAAAUUCGAUAGAAUCUCCUAAUAGGGCGUCGAUUCCGAUGCUAGUCCACGCGCCUCCGAGAUCUCACGAGGACCAGCCUCAACCGCUGGAUUUUUCCGUUUCAACAAAAAAUCCUACAAACAAACAUUCGUUCAAAAGUUCUAGUUCCAGUUCUGCGGGUAGUGAUGAUGAUGAAGAAAUGGGUCAUCCGAGUUCUAGUUUGGGAUCGCCUGGCCCCCUUCGAGAUGAAAACGUCAUUAACUAA